AGCCAUUUUGGCUCAAGCCGUUCGAGCACGAGCCAGCCAAAGCCACAUCAGCUGUUAAGCAUGGUCAAGCGAUAGGCAACAGGAGCAGAGUGUAUUAUGCGCGCCACGUGCUGCUAGCCUGCGCCGUUGUUUCGGCUUCUCUGCUCACGUGCAAGCUGGCUAUCUUGAAAGGCAUCGUUGUGCCAUUUGGUCCUCAUGGUUCGCACAGGAUCGGAAGCUGGACUCCCAGCAACGAUGACCUGCAGAUGUAUUCGCCUAAGGCGAAGUCUAUUCCCAGCAGGGAUCGGAGUAAAGAGUCUUCGGUUGUUCGCAGUUUUUCGCAAUUGUGCUGGAAGGCCACUGGGCUAUGUCGCAGUAUACGGGACUAUGUCCGUCUGAACGGUUUGACUCACAUUUUCGUUGGAGCUUCCGCUAAAACUGCAGGGAGUUCAGUGAAGUAUUUCUUCUUUGGGAACCUCGAACUCCACGAACGCGACAAACUUGCCAUCUCAGCGCAGCGGCAUCAAUGUGAGUGGGCCGUUACAGGCUCCCACUUGUUCGAUGGUCUGGGUCGCCUUCUGAAAAGUCCGUGCGCGCGGAACACGCUUUUCUUAUUGCCUAUUCGUGAGGAAAUGUCGUGGUUAAGGUCUGCGCUCCAGCAAGUGUGUUGGGUGGAGGCGGGCAAAAAUAGAUGUGAGGAAGAGGCCUGCCCCGACGCGUGCGGGAAUUUCACGUGGCUGGAAAUGGCCCUGCGCAAUCACACAGUCGAAUUGGGACAGGGCCCUCACAUUUGGAUAAAAGAGUGGAUGGUUCGCAGUCGAGCUUUUCACACAUUUAUGUUCGACUACGACGCAAUUGACAACGUGCUAGCCUGCCUUCCGCAGAGUGGCUUGAAGGUAGAGAACUCGUGGGGCUUGAAGGUAGAGAACUCGUCCCAACUUGCGCGCCAUAUCUACAAGCGGGCCCAGGCGACUCCCAAGGUGAACGCCGGUUUUAGGCCAUCAAUCAACAUGUCGGACGAGGACAUCCGCGUUGCGUAUUACUCUGUCGAGUCCACACCUUACUGGCCGCAGCCCUACGUCAAGGCACUGGAAAAGUCGGGGUGCGAGGUCGCUUCUCUACGUGGACUCCGGGUCUCCGAGGGUCGUUGAGUGUGGUGGCGUCCGAUGUGGCCACAUGAGGGAGAGGGCAGGUUGGUCAACGCCGCGUGGGACAGGUUGGUCGACGCCGCGUGAGGCUGCCUUUUCCUGCCCCCUCUCCCCUCUCACCCUUUCCUUUUCCUCCGCCCUUCCUCGAUGUUGGUCGCUUUCCCUCGUACGCCUCUGGGGUCGGCGGAUUUGGGGUGUAAGUGCGCUUUCGUUUGGAAUACGCAUUAAUGCCAUCUGUCGCACCGUCUACAGCUUGGAGAGACUGUACUUCGUUGUCCUUGCCUUGAAGAUGUGUGGCACUACGUUACCCCAUCAGUCAGACCACUGCUGGUACUGCACCUCGCAUUGCCUUUGCGCAGCAAACAAAACAAACA